CGGGGACGGUGGUUGCGGAAGUAGCUGCGCUGUUUGCAGAGGAUGAGACCUGCCUGGCGACCGCGUAGGGGGGAAAGAGGUGUGUGAGAGCCUGGGGUCUGCCAAACAAACAACUCCUGUGGAGAUGGAUGAUCCGGAAACGUGAUCCUUCUGAGAUCCGCUUUCAGUUUCAACAGUGUAGGUUCGUUUCUGGCCUGUCCUGGGUCCCGUUAAAAAACAGGACUGAAUAGGGGUAGGUAUGGGUGCGCUACAGUCCUCACCUGGUCAACAUGAAUACGGUGAUCUGGCGGAAAAGACGGGCUUUUCAUUUAGACAGAUUGGAGUCUUACAUACAAGAUUCAAGCAGUUGAGCCACAAUGAAGAAACUCUGCAGAGAGAUCACUUCAAUGAAAUCCCAGAUCUAGCGUGCAAUCCCAUCCGUGCACAGAUCGUAGGGGCCUUCUUUGACAGGAGAAACUUCCGUGAGAAUGGUGAGGGUACGGUUCAGGAGAUCGGUUUUGAGGAGUUCCUGGUGGUCAUGUCCCAUUUCAGGCCCCCGUCACUACACAUGACACAGGAGCAGCGUGAGAGUGUCAGGAGGGAGAAAUUGAGAUUUUUAUUCAACAUGCAUGACACAGACAACGAUGGGACAAUAACCCUAGAGGAAUACAGACAUUUGGUUGAGGAGCUGCUGUCUCUCAGCGAGACACUGGAGAAGAACACAGCCAAAAGCAUUGCUGAUGCAGCCAUGUUGGAGGUGGCCAGUAUUUCAAUGGGUCACAUGGAACCCGAUGAGUUCUAUGAAGGAAUCACAUUUGAGCACUUCCUCAAGUUGCUGAAUGGCUUUGAAAUCGAAUCAAGAAUGAACAUUCGCUUUCUGAGAAUGGACACAACAACCUUAUGUAAGUGAGGUUGGAACACUAAACUGUGUGAUGACUUUGGGAAAACUGUAUAUGGUUUCACUCACAGUAACUAUCUGUUGUUUCCUACACCAGUUUGUUGCUUGCAUUGAAUAUAUGCCUUACUCAUGUUUGAAUAACUAUGCAAGUUCAAAGAAAAUGUGUACACUGUGGAUGUAUUAGGGGUAGUUUAUUUGAUUCUAAGUAAUAAUAUGAGAUAAUCAGUUCAAUAACAACCAGCCUGUUAGUAGUUCAAUAAAGCAAUAAUCAAAUGUCUGGAGUAGCAGACAGUAGCAGAUACUAUGCAUGCGAAAAUGGAUGCCUGAAGAACAUUUUAAAAUGUUAAUGCCAUAAAUCAAUAACUCUCAAUAAUAAUCAGGGAUAUAAAGGUGUGUCCUUAAAUGUAUCUAAUAAUAGAAAUGCAAUAACUUGAAAUACUUUUUAUUCAUGUAACAAAUAUGACAUUUGGUGCAUGCUUUCCACACCACAUUUGCACAAUAAAAGAUUCCAUGAAAUAGA